UCACUUCACUAGUUUUUCGGGUUGGUUGAUUUUGCAGUCAACGUAAAAACAGAGAGUGCCAGUGUUUACUUCUAGUUUAUUUAAAAAUUCAGUGAUAAUUUACAAGUGUUAUUUUCUAAGUGAAUACCAAAACCUCAGAGCCGAUUUAUUAACAAUUAGGAGCUGAAAUGUUUAUAGACGAGAAUGAGACACCGGAGUCCUUGUGGGUGUCAGCUGUUCUGCAGACCAUCCGGAUGGUAGUGUUCAUGUAUGAUAUCAUCUCAUUCCCGGUACACCUGGUGCUGCAGAGACCAUGGAGAAAACGAUCCAUGUCGCGACGUAUUAAGGCACAAAUUAUAGAUUCCACUCCAAACAGCGUAACAGUCCGAUCCGUGUCAACGCCCUGCAAUCUUCACUUGCGUCUGGUGCGUGACAAUGUCACCACCAUGGAGGCCAUGUUGCAUGCUGCGGCCGCCAGAUGGCAGGACAAACCUUGUCUGGGAACCAGGACAGUUUUAAGUGAAGAGGAUGAGCCGCAACCAAAUGGACGAGUGUUUAAGAAGUACAACAUGGGCAACUAUGAAUGGCGGUCGUACAGUGAUAUGGAGAACGAGGCGACUUGGUUCGCAGCUGGUCUGCGUGAGUUGGGAUGUCAGCCCAAGAAGAACAUCGUCAUGUUCGCUGAGACCAGGGCUGAGUGGAUGAUCGCUGCCCAUGGAUGCUUCAAGCAGAGUAUUCCUGUGGUCACAAUCUACGCAACUCUAGGCGAUGAUGCUAUAGCCCACGGAAUCAAUGAAACAGACGUUUCUACCGUCAUCACAACACACGACCUUCUACCCAAGUUCAAGAAGAUCCUUGCAAAGACUCCGAAGGUGGACACCAUAAUUUUCAUGGAAGACCAGCUCAAAAAAACAGAAAGAGAUGGAUUUAAGCCUGGAAUUAAGAUUGUCGCUUACAAGGAAGUUAUACAGAAGGGAAAGCAGUCGAAAAUUGAAUGUAUCCCACCAGCUCCAUCCGAUACAGCGAUCAUAAUGUACACAUCAGGUUCAACUGGGGUUCCAAAGGGCGUGGUGCUAUCCCACAGGAAUAUGAUAGCGACGUUGAAGGCUUUCGCGGAUGGGGUGCCGAUGUAUGAUGAUGAUAUGCUCAUGGGAUUCCUGCCUCUGGCUCACGUGUUUGAGUUGUUGGCUGAGAGUUUAUGCGUUAUUGGUGGUGUACCUAUUGGCUACUCAACGCCGCUGACAAUGUUGGACUCUUCGAGUAAGAUAAUGAAGGGAACGAAGGGAGACGCCACAAUUUUACAACCCACCUGUAUCACCACUGUACCUCUAAUAAUGGACCGUAUCAGCAAAGGAAUAACGGACAAAGUGUCUCGUAGCGGUGAAUUCGCGAACGCGUUCUUUAAGUGGGCGUAUUCGUACAAACAGUCGUGGAUGAAGCGCGGCUAUGACACUCCUUUGCUUAAUCGAGUGGUAUUCAAAAAAGUCAGCCAAUUGCUCGGCGGACGUGUACGUCUAAUGAUAGCGGGCGGGGCCCCUCUAGCGCCGGACACUCAUACGCAGGUCCGGCUCUGUCUUUGCUGCGACGUUAUCGCGGGAUAUGGUUUGACAGAGACCACAUCCUGCGCCACCAUCAUGGAUCUGCAGGACAGGUCAACGGGUCGCGUCGGUGCACCCACAACUGGAACAGACAUAAAACUCGUCAACUGGGAGGAGGGCAACUACAGAGUCGGGAAUAAACCCUUCGUACAGGGAGAGAUAGUAAUCGGUGGAGACAGCGUUGCAGAGGGUUAUUACAAGAAUCCCGAGAAGAGUCGAGAGGAGUUUGUGGAUGUGGAUGGGAAAAGGUGGUUCCGCUCUGGAGAUAUUGGGGAAUUGCAUCACGACGGCUGUAUUAAGAUUAUUGACCGCAAAAAAGAUUUAGUGAAGCUCCAAGCCGGUGAAUACGUGUCUCUGGGCAAAGUUGAAGCGGAACUGAAAACGUGUCCAAUCGUCGAGAACAUCUGCGUCUACGGAGACAGCUCGAAGACCUACACCGUGGCCCUCCUGGUACCGAACCCGAGACACUUGGCGGAACUGGCCACGAGGAUCGGCCUCCCGGAGAUGGAGUUUGAGCAGCUGUGUCAGAAUGCGGAGGUUGAGAAGGCCGUGGUCAAAGAGCUGGCGGAUCAUGCGAGGAAAUGCGGCCUUGAAAGAUUCGAAGUACCUGCAGCGGUGAAACUUUGCACAGAAGUGUGGUCACCAGACAUGGGUCUAGUCACCGCUGCCUUCAAAAUCAAGAGGAAAGACAUCCAAGAACGAUACAAGGAAGAUAUUAAGCGAAUGUACGCGUCAUGAGUCGCCAUCACAUCCGCGACACGAUCACGCAAUAUUGAAAUAGGUAACUUGAGAAUCGGUUAAUAUAAUUAUUUGUCUAAAAUUAAAUAGUUUUGCUUUGUAAAAGACCCUAGAAAAUAUAUAAUUUUUAUAUUUAUUUAUUUCGAUAUCACGUGAUCUAAAAUGUCUAGUAGCGGCUCCGAUCUCGGACGUUGUCUUAUUCAAAGUCGAUUUUGCCGCUUAUUUAUUAGGCAAAAUAUUUGUUUAAUUUAAUUUUGUCGUAAAGGAUAUAUGCCUAUUAAAUAUGCGGCCAUGUAAAUGGUUGUAUAAACUGCUUGAGAUUAAAUUUUGUUUGUAUAUCGAGCAUCACAAUAUUAUAAGAUGUAAAGAAAUUUAACGUAUGCCAAAAGUUGUGGACUGGCCAAAUCAAUUCAUAGAUUAGAGAACGAUUUAAUGAACUCGAAGUCAUUUUAUAGCAAUUUUCUAUAAUUUUAUUAAGUCAUUAAGAAUGACAGAACUAACAUUUUUGUAAUUUGGUCGGCCACGACGUUAGCUGUAGAGGGAGCGUUCAAGUAUUACGUAACGCAAUUUUUGGAGAUUAUUGACGACCCCCCCCCCAUGUAACUCGCCGUAACGUUUUUCAG